AUGAAUGUCGAGAGCAACGACGCAGAACCCGAGGACGCGCCACGCGACAGGAUUGCAGGGCGCUCGGGCGACGCCGAAGGCGCGUCUAUCAACAGGCGCUCCGGUAAUCCCGAGGGCGCGCCUAUCAACGAGCGUUCCGAUGAGCCCGAGGGCGCGCCUAUCAACGAGCGCUCCGAUGAGCCCGAGGGCGCGCCUAUCGACGAGCGCUCCGAUGAGCCCGAGGGCGCGCCUAUCAACGAGCGCCCGGAUAACUCCGCACGUGUAUCUGUCGCCCCCACCCAGCCAACACCGUGCCCAUGCCCAACACCGUGCCCAUGGGCCUGA